CAGAAAAACGUGGAGCUCGUUCUUCCCGGAGUGGCGUUGGCAGGGUGUUGGAGCCCUUGGUCUGCCCGGUCUGGUCUCCGGGGCCAGGGCGGGGUUUCCCUCAUGUAUGGCAAAAAACUUAUUCGGGCUGUGCUUCUUCUCCUUGGUUUACAGCUCACAGCUCUUUGGCCUAUAGCAGCUGUGGAAAUUUACACCUCCCGAGUGCUGGAGGCUGUUAACGGGACUGAUGUUCGAUUAAAAUGCACUUUCUCCAGCUUUGCCCCUGUGGGUGGUGCUCUAACAGUGACCUGGAAUUUCCGUCCUCGAGAUGGGGGGCCAGAGCAAUUUGUAUUCUACUACCACGAAGAGCCCUUCAUGCCCAAGAGUGGACGGUUCAAGGACCGGGUGGUCUGGGAUGGGAACCCUGAGCGGUAUGACGUCUCCAUAAUCCUCUGGAAACUGCAGUUUGAUGACAAUGGGACAUACACCUGCCACGUGAAGAACCCACCUGAUGUUGAUGGGAUAAUAGGGGAGAUCCGGCUCAGUGUUGUACAGACUGUACACUUCUCUGAGAUCUACUUCCUGACUCUGGCCAUUGGCUCCGCCUGUGCACUGAUGGUCAUAAUUGUAAUUGUGGUGGUCCUCUUCCAGCACUUCCGGAAAAAACGAUGGGCUGACAGAGCUCAUAAAGUGGUGGAGAUAAAAUUAAAGGAAGAUGAAAAGCUCAAUCAAGAAAAAAAAGUCUCUGUUUAUUUUGAAGAAACUGAUUAACUUUUUAGAUGG